AUGAUGGCCUCGGUGGUCGUCAGGGGCAACCGGAAGAAGUCCCUGACGCUGAGAGGAGUCGACCCGGAGACCUGCAUGAUCGUCUUCAAGAACCACUGGGCUCAGGUGGUGAAGAUUCUGGAGAAGCAUGAGCCGGGUCGGGGCAGCACCGGAGCUCUGGGCUUCCUCUCAGGUCACAGCAGCUCCGGAGCCUCUCGUCUGGGUCCGAUACCGGCUGACGAGGCCAGCGCCGUCCAGAACUAUGUGGAGCACAUGUUGUUCCUGCUGAUGGAGGAGGAGGCGGGUCAAGGAGGAGCCAUGGGUCCAAUCCUGGAGCUGGUGGUUCUGGAGGGCGUGAUGGAGCGGUUGUUCCUGUGGAGUCUGAGGAGGCAGUUCACGGAGGACAUGAAGCUGGAGCAGCUGAGGAUGUACCAGAUGCUGCUGUCUCAGGCCCGGCAGCCGCUGCUGCACCACAAACCGGUUCUCCGGCCGCUCAUGAUGCUGCUGGCGUCCUGCGCCGGUGCUGCUGCAGAUGGCGGCGGCGUGGUGGAGGCGGAGCUCGUCCUGCUGCUGAACCAGCUGUGUGCCGCUCUGGUCAAAGAUCCUUCGGUGCUCGAGCUGUUCUUCCACACCAGCGAGGACCAAGGAGCCGCCAACUUCCUGCUCUUCUCGCUGCUCAUCCCGUUCACUCACAGACAGGGUUCUGUGGGUCAACAGGCCCGAGACUCUCUGCUGCUCAUCAUGUCCCUGUCGGCCUCCGAGCCUCGGGUCGCUCAGCACAUCGCCCAGAACACCUACUUCUGUCCUCUGACUGUGGAGGAGGUGAUGACCACCACAGCUUACCUGGAUCUGUUCCUCCGCUCCGUCUCUGAACCUGCCCUCCUGCAGACCUUCCUCUCCUUCAUCCUGCUGCACAGACACGACAACGUGCACAUCCUGGACACGCUGGUCAGCAGAGUGAACACACCUUUCCAGUUAGGGACGGUGUCUCUGGCUCUGUUCAGGACUCUGAUCGGACUCUUCUGUGAGGACGUGAUGCUGCAGCUGGUGUUCAGGUACCUGCUCCCCUGCAGCCACCUGAGCAGGAGGCAGCGCUGCUCCCUGCAGCAGACGGACUGCUACUCCUGCAGCGCCUCGUCGCUGCUGCUGCUGCUGCCCUCCUGGUGUCCGCUUCACCUGCGCAGCGGCAGCCAAUCAGAGCACAUCCAUUGGCCCAGAGCACCAGAUCUGUCGGUGUCGGACAGCGUCGCCUACUGUCGAGGCUCAGACUUCCUCAUGGACGUAAACUACCUGCACUACCUGUGGGACGCCCGCCAGGCCAUCUGCACCUCGUACAGGGCGUGUCGGUUCUGGUCGGCUCCGUACGACGGCGUCGACCCUCCUCCUCAGCAGUACCGGUCAGACACACCAGGGGGCGACGUGGACGAGGAGGAGGAGCUUGUGCGGCGAGUGAAGAGCGACUCCAUUGGCUCUCUGGUUGUAACUCCUCCCCCCUCAGCCGCCUCCCCGACACCGUCCUCCUCUGAUACCGUCUCCACCGGGAACCAGGCCGGCAGAACCAGCUCUGCCCUGGAGCUGGAGUGGGACGACAUCUUUGCAGACGAGGAUUCAUCAGCGGUGAUAAACAUGGCGCUGGCGAAUGGUGGUGUAACCAUGGAGACCGACAGGUUCACUGUUUCACCUGCUCCUCCGCCACUGCCUCCUCGACACAUCCAGGAAAUGAGACGCAGCGCGACCCGGCUGGUCCACGGCGCCUACGUGGAGGAAUCGGAGUUUCAGGACGACGUUCUAGUCUACGACCUCAUCGCUCAAAAAGACACAAAGGCGGCCAUUUUGGAGCGGAUCAUGGUGGCAAACCGGCGAUUUCGCGGAAGCAUCUCAAAAGGCCCGCGAGCACCAACAGCAGCGACAACAGCUGCGUUUCCAUCAGUGGGGAGGACGGUGACGGAAACAGUCAACAGCAUCAUGUCGACCCGGAGGAGGAGCGAAGACUACGAUCAGGAGGCGAGGAGGAGGAGCGAAGAUGGAGGCAAGGAGACGAGGAGGAGGAGCGAGGACUGUGGACGGGACACCAGGAGAACCAAUGAGGACGGAGACCAUGAGCUAAAGAGGACGGUUGGACCAGCAGAACCAGCAGCAGGACCAGCAGGACGUCGGAACUUCACCAACGGGUUCAAUGUCAAGAAUCACAUCAUCGACGAACGUGAGGAUCCUGAUGAAGGAAGCGAGACUUUUAAACCAAACUGUAACCUGAGCGACUGUGUCAACCACACCUACACAACCCAGCAGCAGCAACGCAACACACAACGACACACCGCACAGCUAGCCACCAACGCUUUACCCAACGGCCAUGUCGAGUCCGAGUCACGUGACCUCACCCUGUCCAAUGCCAAGUGUCCCAGUCUGCCUGACAACAGAGCGACCAGCAGCAGCGACCUGCUGUCCCAGUACCACGAGCUCAUGCUCUCGCUAGGGGUGGAGCCAGACUGUGAUGACAUCACCGAUGACAUCAGCACAUUCAGGAAGCGCGUCCGAGCACUGCGUCAGAAACUCGUAGAGGACGAGGAGGAGCUGAGCGCCGAGUUUGGUUUCACCUCAUCGUUGGAAGAUGCAGAGGAGGAAGAGGAGAUGGAGGAGGAGGAGGAGGAGGAGGAGGAGGAGGAGAGGAUGAAGAGCGGCAGCAGGAAACAUGGAGUUCCAUUUACAGGUCCGUUCAUCAGCGUCCUGCUGUCGCGGCUGGAGAACCUUCUGGAGAACUCCAUCGCUGUGAACCUGCUGGUGACGGGAAUUCUGGCCCAGCUGGCUUCGUACCCGCAACCUCUGCUCAGAUCCUUCCUGCUCUGCACCGACCAGCACCAGCAGCCCAACGUACGGACCCUGCACCAGGUGCUGGAGUCGGUGCACGCUCAGGUCGAGCGCUACGUAGCAGCCCGACCCGACUAUCCAGCGCUGCUCACCCAGGCCUGGAGGUUCCUGUUGGCCAAGGACCAGGACGGCAAAUUCAGAGAGAGCCUCCAGUCUCAGGGCGGAGACGUCCUCCUGGAUCCAUCCCUUCCUAACGGGUCGCUGAAGAACGCUCUGCCUCUGCCUCCCCUCAGCGUUCUGCCUCCGUGUCCCAGCAUCCCUCCUCAGGCCAAGAGCCGAGUCUUCGCCAUCGUCCUGUUCGCAGAGUUCCUGAAGGAGCUGGCCGCCAUCGCCCAGGAGCACAGCAUCGCCCCCGACUGGUCUGCCGAGGAAUAGCACCACGUGGGUCAUGGUCCUGAGAACGGUCUGCUUCAGGACGAUCCUCUCUGAGCAGAAGACCAGCUGCUGAGAGUCAGCUGGUCCGUUUCAACUCACCAGCAUUUUAACAGCGUGGAGUCUGUUGGCUGGUUAUUUACCCAGCGUGAGGCUGGACCGGUACAACUCGACCUCAGAACCGUCCGAAUGGUUUAAAAAUGUGUGAAAGGACUCUGAGGUGGUCCUAAAAGAUUUGAAACUGACUAAAAACUGCAAGUUUAAUGUGUCCAAACGGAGGAAGAGCAGCUGAACAUGGAGCGUCCAGCUGCUGAACCUCGAUGGUCCGUCUGUGAGUUAAAGUCCAAAACAAACACCAUCAGCAGAACAAUGUCGGGGUUCUACAGUAAAUCGGUGUUUCAUUAUUCAUCUGCACAGUCUGUAUAUAUUCCUGCAGCACUUGAAACUGUUUGUCCACGUGUGAAUACGAUGAUUUUCAUCAGAUUACUGUGAAGAUGAACCAACACCGAGGCUUCUGGACCCGGCCAGCACGUGUUCUAUGAAGUUUUCUUAAAUCGUUGCACUAAAUUGUUUGUAAGUAAAAAGUCUGACGUCUGGUUUGAAAUGCAGAGAAUCAGAUUUAAGUCGACCUGCUCAGGAUGAAAUGCAGAAACUAGUGAAAGCAAACUAAAGACUUCAGAUGAACCAAACCAGCUGCUGGACUUCAGGCCCGUCCCACCAGCUGCUGGACUUCAGGCCCGUCCCACCAGCUGCUGGACUCGGUUCAGUUCAGUGAAAUCUGAAAAGAUGUGACGUUCAGCUUCUCACAUCAGAUGUUCCUUCACUGCUUUCACAUCUGCAGCUGUUUCUUUCAUUUUAAUCUGCUGAACCUGCAUUUAUCUGAUGACGUGUCUCCUCGUUGGUUCACGUUCUCGUUGUUUUUGGGUUUAAAUCAUGAACAAACUGAGCUGAUGUGAUUCAUUGAGGUGGAACAUUUCAUGUUAUUUCUAAUUGUUCUUUGACUUCCUGGUAAACCUGGGAAGCAGCUCUGCCUCUGCAGAGCGGUGCCGGUGGGCCUCACAGCGUUCUGAUGGUGUUGAGAUGCUGAACCUGAGGCUCAAACUGAGCUGAGCAGAAGCCUUACUCCCACUGACGCCGAGACUUUGUGCAAUAAAAUGCAGCAGAUUCUUCUCCUGCAGACGUCCGUCCGUGGUCGUGGUUGCUGCUGCCACAGUUUAACGUGUUUUUGUCCUCAGACCUGAGCUGGUUUCUGAUCUUCACCACCAGCAGAACCAGUCUGGGUCUGAGGUGUAGAUUUGGGUCAGACUGAAACCAGGCGAGCAGCUUCUCUCUAAACCGAGUCUCUCCGACGGUUUCACAGGACGGACCGACCCGAUGAGCUCAAACUGGGACUGUUCUGUUCUGUUCUACUGUCUCUCGUCUUUCCUUCUGGAAUAAAUUGUUGCCACGACGAUGUGAAAACGAUUAAACUGACGUCAACAUGAA